AUGGCAACCUUGCUAUCGCCAGUCCUUGCCGAAAACAUGCUCGUUUCCACCUCUCUCAAUACCUGUCAAGACAACUCGGGUCUCCAGGCCAGUUUCUUCAACGUCGUCUACACCCCGAACAACAAUUCAGCCACGAUCCAUCUGGUGGCCACGUCCUCCGUUCAAGGCUACGUCAAGUUCGACAUUGAGGCCUCUGCCUAUGGUUACACCUUUCUCAAGACCACCCUCGACCCCUGUGAUAUCAAGCUCGCUGGUAUGUGCCCAAUGACGGCUGCUGCCAAGUUCAACAUCCCCUUCAACAUUCCCGUCAGCGCCUCCGCAGCCUCCAACAUCCCUUCCAUCGCCUAUUCCGUCCCCGAUCUCGAUGCCAACGUUAGAGUGCGUAUCAACCUUACCAGCACCGGAGAGAGUAUUGCUUGUGUCGAGGCUGCCAUCUCCAACGGCAAGACGGUCAACUUGACCGGUGUCAAGUGGGCUACCGCCAUCAUUGCUGGUAUCGCUUUGGUUUCUUCCGCCAUCUUCAAUGGACUCGGUCACUCCAACACGGCUGCUCACGUCGCUGCCCUCUCACUGUCUCUGUUUGGCUACUUCCAAGCUCAAGCCAUGAUCGGCUUGACCGGUGUCAGCCUGCCCCCCAUUGUCCAAGCGUGGACCCAGAACUUCCAGUGGUCUAUGGGUAUCAUUCACGUCAACUUCAUGCAAACCAUCUUUACCUGGUAUCAGCGAGCCACCGGCGGCACGCCCGCUACCCUCUUCAGCUCCCUGGGCUCUGUUUCCGUGGCCGUCGAGAAGCGUGGUCUGGAUGCUGGCAUCGAAAUGGGCAAGGACCUCGUCAGACGUGGUAUGGCCAUGAUGCCCGAGGCCGCCGUCAACGUCAUGAAGCGAAGCGGUAACAUUUUAUCUCCAUCCGGAGGCUAUGUCGUGUACGGAAUCCAGCGUGUGGCGUUCCAGGCUAAGAUUGAAACUACCAACCUCUUCAUUACGGGUCUGACCUUUUUCUGGCUCUUUGCCAUCUUCACCAUGCUCAGCGUUACUCUGUUCAAGGGUCUCUGCGAACUCCUCGCUAAGCAGGGCGUGAUGAAGGCGGACAAGUUCCUCGAGUUCCGAAAUGGCUGGCGCACCGUUCUCAAGGGUAUUUUGUACCGUAUUGCCCUUAUUGGUCUCCCUCAGCUUUCCAUCCUGUGCUUCUGGGAGUUUACACAGGUCGAUUCCGCCGCCGAGGUCGUCCUUGCCGUCUUCUAUUUCUUCUGCCCGCUCAUUGCCCUCUGCUGGGGUGCUAGCAAGGUGAUUCAAAUCGCGCGCCGGUCCAUCAACAUGCACGGAAACCCAGCCUAUAUCCUCUUCUCCGAUCCCCAGGCUCUCAACAAAUGGGGCUUCCUCUAUGUGCAAUUCCGUGCUUCCGCGUACUAUUUCAUCGGACCAAUCUUGGUCUACACCCUUGUCAAGGCCAUGUUUGUGGCUUUUGCGCAAAAGACAAACGUCGCCCAGGCCAUUGGCUUCAUCAUCCUCGAGGUCGGCAUGCUCAUUACCACGUCGGUCCUGCGCCCCUGGAUGGACAAGAAGACAAACUCGUUCAACAUUGCCAUCUACGUCAUCAACUUCCUCAACUCCAUCUUCCUGCUCAUCUUCACCAACGUUUUCGGUGCGCCCCUGUUGGCCAUUGGUGUUGUUGGUGUCAUCCUGUUUGUUCUCAACGCCAUUUUCUCGCUGGUUCUCCUGCUCAUGGUCAUUGCCUCAACCGUCUAUUCUAUCAUCCGCAAGAACCCCGAUGCCCGGUACCAGUUCAUGGCAGAUGACCGAGCAUCCUUUAUGAAGUCACAGACGCAGCUCAACAGCGGCGCCGCCACCGAAUUGGAUGCCCUGGCAGUGACCGCCAGAGGUGACAAGGCCGGCUAUAAGCUCGAUGACGAGGAAGCAUCCAUUACUUCUAAUGAAGUGCGCCACCCUACGGAUACGACAGCCAUGACUUACGCUCCCCAGUCCAUGACGAGCCAGCCCUUCUACCAGCCGGCUCGAUCAGUAUCCCCAGUCAACCCAUCCGUGCCACUCUUCCCGGCCAACGAUCAGCUUUCUCACUCAUCGUUGGGCCACGGCCAAUCACCGUCGCCAAUUGGACGUACUCCUUCGUAUGGCAGCAACACGAGCCCUGGCGGCUACCGAUCACAAAACAACGCAAGCCCCUGGCAGCGUGGUGCUGGUUACGACUAA